AUGAUUGCUUCUUUUAUUAACAUCGAAGCUGCAGACCUCAGCUACACCAUUCCGGAGGAGAUGAGGCCCGGUUCCAUUGUUGGAAAUAUUCCUAAAGAUCUGGGAUUGGGACUGGGGGAGUUUUUUGAGCGAAAAGCUCGGAUUGACACGGGAGGAAAGGAUCACCACUUCUGCGAUCUUGAUCUGAAAACGGGAAAUUUUGUCACCAAAAAACGCAUUGAUCGCGAGGAGCUUUGCGGGGAGAAAAAGUCGUGCGUUCUUAGAUUUGAAUUGGUUCUAGAAAGUCCUUUGGAACUACAUCACAUUUCACUGCUUAUCCAGGACAUAAAUGAUAAUUCACCGAAUUUCCCUGAAGAUGUAGUUAAAUUGGAAAUACGCGAGUCAGCCGACGGGGGAGCAAGAUAUCGUGUCAAUGAAGCUCACGACUCGGAUAUCGGACAAAACACAGUAAGAGAAUACAGUUUAGAAAAGAACGAGCAUUUUGUUUUGUCUGUGCAAGAUGAUACUGAUGGAUCCAAGAAGAUCGAGCUGAUUUUAGACAAAGAGCUUGAUCGUGAAAAAGAGCAGGAUUUGAACUUUGCCUUAUUUGCAAUUGAUGGCGGAAAUCUGCAAAGAUCAGGUAGUGUGACUAUAAAGGUGACGGUGCUCGAUGCCAAUGAUAAUUCGCCUGUGUUUAAUCAGACCUUUUAUAAAGCAAUUUUACCUGAAAAUGCACAAAUUGACACCGUGGUCGCUGCUGUAAAAGCCACAGACGCAGAUGAAGGUGUUAAUGGUGAAGUGACUUAUGAGUUCAGUCGCAUCACAGAAAAAGCUAAGAAGGUUUUCUCCUUAAACAGUAAAACGGGGGAAAUCAGAGUGAUCGGACCGCUGGAUUUUGAAACCGAUCCUAAAUACGAAAUGCGCAUUUACGCAAAAGAUGGUUAUGGACUUUCAUCGGAUACGAAAUUAAUGAUUGACGUGACCGACGUGAACGACAACGCCCCUAUAAUUUAUUUGAAAUCAGUAAUGAGUGCAAUUCCAGAGAACGCCCCUCCUGGUACAGAGGUGGGCAUCAUUAACGUGCAGGACAGAGAUUCUGACAAGAACGGACAGGUCCGCUGCUCCAUUCAAGGAAAUGCUCCUUUUAAAGUGGUUCCUUCCAUCAAAAACUAUUAUUCUGUGGUGAGCACAGGACAGCUGGACCGUGAACUAGUGUCUGAUUACAACAUUACCAUCAGUGCCACUGAUGAGGGCUCUCCACCUCUGUCCUCGUCUAAAACUGUUCACUUAUCUGUAGCUGACAUCAACGACAACCCACCUGUGUUUGAGGAACAGUCGUACAGCGCAUAUUUGAGUGAAAACAACCAAGUUGGCUCCACUUUAUGUUCUGUGAGCGCUCGAGACCCCGACUGGAGACAAAACGGUACAGUGAUUUAUUCUCUGCUAGCUGCUGAGGUGAACGGAGCCCCGGUGUCCUCCUAUGUCUCUGUGAACGGAGACACAGGGCUGAUCCACGCUGUCAGGUCGUUUGAUUAUGAACAGUUGAGGAGUUUUCAAGUGCAGGUGAUGGCCAGAGACAACGGUUCUCCUCCACUGAGCAGCAACGUGAGCGUGAGUGUGUUCAUCUCGGAUGUGAACGACAACUCUCCUCAGAUUCUGUACCCCGCCCCAGAGGGCAGCUCCUUCAUGACUGAGCUGGUCCCCAAAGCUGCACAUGGAGGCUCUCUGGUGUCCAAAGUGAUCGCGGUGGACGCAGACUCCGGACAGAAUGCCUGGCUAUCCUAUCAUAUAGUCAAAUCCACUGAUCCAGGACUUUUCACCAUUGGUCUGCACAGUGGAGAGAUCAGGACGCAGCGGGACAUUUCCCAAUCUGACAGCAUGAAACAGAACCUGAUUGUGGCAGUCAAAGAUAACGGACAGCCCUCUCUGUCUGCCACCUGUGCCAUGUAUUUACUGAUCUCGGAUAACUUGGCUGAGGUGCCAGAACUGAAGGAUAUUUCUUACGAUGAGAAGAACUCCAAACUGACUUCCUAUCUGAUCAUCGCUCUGGAGAAAGCCCCGACUGUUGUUUGA